AUGGGCACGAAUACUCUGCCUAUACUGGUACCACGUGGAAGUCCAUGGCAACGGUUACCUGGAAACACUAUACUCGUUGUUGUUGGACUGUUUAUCACUGCAAACUUUCUUGCACGUGUCGGCGGCGAGUAUCACUCGCUUGCGAAUAAACAUGAAAAGAUAACAAACUCGUGUAUAUAUCCCUGCAAGUGUAAGCGGAACGUAGCAUUCUGCCCAGAGGGGGUUCCGGUAGUCACGGACGGAUGUGGCUGUUGUCCAAUCUGUGCUCGUCAGCAAGGGGAGCCAUGCAAUGUAGUUCAACUGUGUGACACCAGGAGGCAAUUACAGUGUGUAUAUUCAUCACCAUCUUCUGCUGACUAUGGUAUCUGCAGAGCAAAAAAAGGAAUGGGUUGUUAUGUGGCAGGAAACACCUAUAAAGACGGGGAAUCUUUCAAAUUGGACUGCAAGACACAGUGCACCUGUCAGAACGGAACCUACGGAUGUGUCUCGUUAUGUCCCCAUGAAAACUUCCGUCCUUCAGCUAAGUGUCGCAACGCGCAGCUCGUGCAGGUGCCUGGUGCCUGCUGUCGAGAAUGGCAGUGCGAGUCGAACGUGAUGAAACAUAUAAAAGUGACGUGUAACCGGUAUUCUACCAAUUGGACACCAUGUUCAAUACCAUGUGGCAUAGGCUCGUCUAGAAGACUAACCAACGAUAACGACGAUUGUGAAUUGAAAAACGAGACUCGUUUGUGUCAGUUGAAACCUUGUAACCAUGCAAUUGGUGAUGUUACAUCCAAUCGCAGCUCUCGCAGUAGACGACACCAUCAACACUGUCGUGCUACAGUCCGAAAUCCAGACUUCAUCCAUCUCAGCGAUGGUCACAACUGUAUCAGUCUUAAGCGCUAUCGUCCCAAGUAUUGUGGUUAUUGCUCAGGAAAAGACUGUUGUACGCCCAAGCUAUCCACUACAGUCGAAGUUCCUUUUCAAUGCUACAGGGAUGAAUCAACAACAGAUGUGAUGAUGAAGCCUGUUAUGUUUAUCAUCAAGUGUGAAUGUCGCCCUCACUGUUGAAGUUCUCUUCCACCAUUUUUUACAUGUCACCAACUUACCUAACAAUGACUUAUUAAGAAGUAUAUGAAAAGAGGCCAAGGUUUCCAGUGUCUAUCUGUAUAACAACUAAGGAACUAAAUAGAUUUAUAUUCA